AUGCCCAAAUCGGACACCCGGCGGAAAGCUUGCAUACGUUGCACAAGUGGCAAGCGCAAAUGCAAUCUCCAGCAUCCUUCUUGCGGCCGAUGUCGAUCUCGAAAGCUCGACUGCGUAUACAUUUCGACCCGUCUACACCGUAUACCGGGCCCAGUCGCAUCAGAGGAAGCCACUGUCCGUGAGGCGCAACAUUCCGGUGGCGCGAGUGACCUGGCCCUGGAGUCACAGCACAAAAUCGACACGGUUUCGUCCUCAUCACGCAGCACCGCCUUUACGCCUCACAGCGAGGUUGAAGGAGCGCCUGAUCUUGACCAGGCACUAAUCGCUCCUGAGUCCUGGCGGGUCCUGAAGAAGGAGGGCGAAUCCUGCGACUACUUCAAGCUCGACUCCCUAACAAAUGCUGUGUCAGAUGUCCAGAAGUGGCUUCAAGCAUGGCCGCGUACGGGCUCAUUACUGUUCAUCCAUCCCAACAUCUACGGCUCCGACCGCAUGCCCGCGAUUCUCCAGGAUGCUUUCACGGCCUGCGCGACAUAUUUUGCCUGUGAACUCACCGCCAAGGCACAGCUAUGCACAUCAUCGAACGCAACGUUUCCAACCUCGUAG